AAACUCAGGUCACCAAGGAGACCAGCUUGGAUAGCUCCCCAGACACUGUUCUUCUCAUAUUCUCUUUUGACCGAGAACACUUCAUUAUUAUUUGGGUGCUGAAUUCACUUCCUCCCCCUGUUUCGUCGCACUAUUGAGCACCAGUGGGAGCAAAUCUAAGGAGGCGAUUGUGCACCAGCUCCUCCACUAUGUAGAAGCCCAUGUGGGGAUUGACAGCUAUAAACAGGAGUAUCAGAGAGGCGAUCUGCUGCUGAAGGCAAGACAAAUAAAAGGGAAGUGUGUAUAUGUGUGCGUGUCCAUUCUUUGCCCGGAGAUGUCUGCUCUUUCCAAUUAUGCCUUGCGGAUGGCCCGCCUGAGUGCCCGGAUAUUUGGAGAAGUUGUCAGGCCAACAGACAAUAAGUCCAUGAAAGUAGUGAAGCUGUUCAGCGAGCAGCCCCUUGCCAAACGGAAGGAAGUCUACGAUUGGUAUCCCCCUCACAACACCUACGUCGCCCUCAUGAAGAACCUCCGCUUCCUUGGCCUUUACAGAGAUGAACAUCAAGAUUUUAAGGAAGAGAUGAGACGGCUAAAGAAGCUCCGUGGUAAAGAAAAACCCAAGAAAGGAGAAGGAAAGAGAGCUACCAAGAAGAAAUAGUGCUACUUUGGAACUGCAACAGACUACUUUAGAAAUGUCAGAGCAAAAGCAACCCUAUCCCUUUCUUCCCAGCCAGAGAUGGAUUUGCAUGCAGCUGAGUUCAUGGCUGCAGUGGGGAUUGGGUGUAAGCAGUCUGCCAGAUAUUAAACUUUGAAUUGAACUGUCUUUUUACUAGGCCUCUUUGAGCACUCAGGUUUUUCACCAGUGACUGUAUAUAUAGGAAUAAUUCAGUAUGUUUCAGCACCCAUGAUGAUGCUGAUUUGGGUUUCAGUUGCUAUGGGAGCCCUUUUCUACCUGAGUCAGCAAUAAAAAAAAGUCUACA